AUGGCAUCUGUUGGUUCAUGGAAUAAAAAUUCACAUUUAGUUAUACGAGUUAGUUCGGGUCUUAGUGCUCAUAGUCUUGUGGAUAUUUUAAAUGAUUUUGUUGUUAUGGAAAUAAAUGCAACAACAAGUACAAAUAUUAUUGUUGGUUAUACAACUGAUACACUAAUUAAUGUUUGUAUGCAAAUGAGUAUUCAACCAACGGAGAUCUAG